UACACAUAUGACAGCUGAUGAAGAGUAUUGCAGUGACUGCAAAAGCUACACUCCAUUAGUGUAUGAUCACAAGGCUGGGGACUCAAUCUGCUCAGAAUGUGGCUUGGUUCUCGAGUCCCGUUCCAUAGAAGAAGAAAUACCAAAAUUGAGACUCUAUGGGGAUAAACUUGAGGAUGAUGAUGAUGGUGGUGGUGACCAUGAAGAUGAAGAUGAGCAUCAAGAACAAGUAUUCAGUGUGAGUGACCCUUUCAACCCUUUACUACUUACUAGUGGAGCUGACCUUACCACACUUGUUACACACCCCUCCUUGUAUGACAAUAACAAUAGUGAUAUGGUAAAAACUUGUAAGAAUCAACGGGGAAUCAAGAAUUCCAACAGGGCUGCCAAGAGAAAACUGAAGAGAGAUUGCGAUCUCGUAGCCGCGCUCUUGACCAUGGAACAAAUGGCUAAUAACUUAGGCUUGGCUAGGAGCAUACAAAAUCAUGCCAAGGAACUCUACAAGAAGGCAGAAGAUAGAAGGGUAUUUAGGGGACGGAGAAGACAUUCAAGGGCCUCUAUGGUGGCAUGCUUGUACUUGGUAUGUCAAGAAGAGGGAUUUCCAAUGACUUUAAAGGAAAUUCAAAGUGUUUCUGGAGAAGCCAAAGAGAAGAAUAAGCAUAUUAACAAGGCCAUAGGAGUGUUCAAAAAGCAUUUUCAGGUGGGCAGAAAUUAUGACAAGACACAGGCCUUGGACUUAGGUGAACGCCUGUGCACCGAUCUUGGCCUUGGCAACCAUGUCAUCAAAGCUGUGAGAGAAGUGCUGCAAAAAGCUCUGGAGUUAAUUGAAAGGAGCAGACCUUCUUCCGUUAUGGCAGCAACUAUAUAUAUGGUUGAUCAACUUUCUUCAGAUAAUAUGAUGCAUUUCCGAGACAUCAAAGAAGUUGCAAAAGCUUGUAGACUGAAGGAAUAUACAAUAAAGAAGGCAUAUAGAGAUCUUCAUGCACUUGCCUUUGUUCUGAUUCCAAGCUGGUAUGCCAAUGCUGAGGACAUAAAGCGACUCUGCAAUAUUUGAAGCCCAUCUUCCACCCAUCUUUACAACAAUUUUAGUGCUCCAAUUCUAUUCUUAUGUAUGUUAUAAAUUAGACAAUGAUUCCACCAACAAACUAGUUUCGGUAUAUAUAAAAGCUUAACUUCUAUUACAAGAAUCUAUUUAGAAUACAAUAUUCCAUCUUUUCUCUCAUUUGGAUAUAAAUUUAACUAUAAGAAAUAUG